AUGGCGCCGUCGCCUCGACGAAAGGUGCCCCUGGUGGCGUAUAACGAUGUGAAGGAUUCACCGGCGUUAAAAAUGAGCGAGACGCCCGCGAAGCAACGUUUCGAGACGUCUCCGUUGUCCGUUUUGUUGAAACCAAUCUCUCCUCUGAGUGAAAACUCUCCCGAUUGGUCGGACGAGCGCACGCGCGAGGGCGACGCGAGCGCGAUCGGAAGCCCGGAGGAACCGACGACGCCGCGGGGUGACGCGUUGGGCGUGUUCGCGAAGGAGGUGGAUCACGCGGCGCGUUGGGACGUGCGAGCGUUUCCAGCGGACGCGCCCGCGAGCGCGAACAGCGUGGAGGUUCGUCGACGACGCGGGAAGACGAGGAGUGGAGACUUCGAUCGGGAAAACACGUUCGAUCGUGAGUUUGAUUUCGACGACGGGCGUGGCGUUGGUGAUCACGAUGGCGACGGGCAUCCGAUGUUCAGGGUGUUCGGCCGGGACAUCGGAAAGCCUCCGAGAGCGUCGAGCGAGCGCGAGGAGGGAGACGGUCUGGGCAAGACGAGCGGGAGAGGGCGCACGCGCGGGUUGUUUGGAUCUUUCGGGAAUCGGAGCGGUGCAUUCGAGCGCGUGGGGAGCGGAAGUAGUUCGAUGGGCUCAAAGCGAUCAGAUGAAAUCGGGCAACUGUCGCGCAUGAACUCGCUCGCAGAGACAAAGGUGUUGACUUCGACGCUUUUGGUUCGGCAGACGUCUGUGAGCGGUGACGCGCAGUUCGAUUUCGACGAUCACUUUCGAUUCGAGCAGCAGAUCGGGGCGUCUCAAAAUUCUGAGGUUUGGUUGGUGACGAGCAAGGUGAGUGGGAAUGCAUUCGUGGUCAAGAAGUGUUUGCACUCGUUCACCACCGAGGCGCAACGGGCGAAAUACAAACGCGAGGUUGAGGCGGCGGCGUUACUUCCAGAGCAUCCGAACAUCGUGCGCUAUUACCGCUCGUGGCAGCAAGAUCAGCACUUUUACAUUCAGAUGGAGCAUUGUGCGUGCGGCUCGCUCACGAGCGUCUUUGCGCGUCUCCCGCCGCAAACGUUGGUCGCCGAGUUGGACGUCUGGCGACUCGCCGAGCAAACGGCGAGCGGUUUGGCAUUCAUGCAUUUGCAUAGGAUCAUUCACCUCGACGUAAAACCUGAUAAUAUUUACAUCGACGUGAGUGGCACGUGUAAGAUCGGAGAUUUCGGCCUGGCGUACGUGAUGGAGAGCGGUUGGGAUUGGGAAGAAGGCGACGGCGGAUACCUCGCGCCCGAGCUUUUGAAUCUGUUUCCGGGUCAGUAUCCCUCGCCGAGCGCGGACGUAUUCUCACUCGGAGUGACGCUGUACGAAGUGGCGAGCGGACUGAAAUUCCCCAGGGGUGCCACGCCACGCAUGGCGAUUCCUCCGCUUCCGGAAGGGAGGUCCGCGGAGCUCGCGCGGCUCAUCGCCGGAUGCUUGGAUUUUGAUCCGGCAAAACGGGCGACCGCGCAAGAGGUCGCCAACUUCGCGCGCGAGAACGUCGCAGCCCUGGAAAUGGGCGCGACGUCGAUGUAG